GAAUUGAAUUUGUACUUUAUUUGCCAAUUUUGUAUUCAGUUCAUUUGUUAUAGCUUCCUGCAGAUUCACACCAAAUUUUGUUGGUGGCAGUCGAAUCGUAUCCUUCAUUUCAGCCAGCACAAACAUCGCAUUGAUCAAAAACGAAAAACUAAAUAAAAUAUAGAAAAAUAAAAAAAAAUUCAAAAAGAAGUAGAAUGGGAUUAUUACAUUUAUCCUUAAAAUGAGGAAUAUCGCAAGUACUAUUAAGGAUUGUUUAGGAAAACUAAGGAAUUUCAGACUUCUUGGCAAGGAAUCCUGGAAAAUGGCGUCUUUCAAUAAGAGUGAAUUUUACGUGUUCUGUGAAUAACUUUAAUUUUUAUCGUUUCUAUUGAAAGAUAUGGAUCAGUGGAAUCAAAGUAAGUUUAAAACAUCUCUGUGUACAAUUUUACAGCUAUUUUUUUCCUUUUUUAUUGUUGAAAAGUAAAAAAAACAACAUUUAAAAACCUUAUGCAUGUGAUAUAAUUUGUAAAUAUGAAAGUCUGGGGGGGGGAGGCCGCAUUAUUAUUAAGUGUUAUUUUCUGUUGGCUGAGGAAUAAAGGAGGCAGAAAAUUUUCUCUCACACACUGCUGGGGGACUGGGUCAAGGGUGUGGUCCAGGUUGUCAGAGUCACUUUUGCUUACCGACCCUAAUGGCCGGAAGUGCCUAAGAUAUAAUGUAGUUGCAAUAGUGCUUAACUAUAAUUGGUCUAACAUGCUAUAAUUAGUUGAGAUGCAGUAAUACACCAUUUUGAUAAUGAUAAUUACAUAAUUUGGCCUGGGAGCCUUACUGUCAUGAAUCGUGAACCUUACUGUCUAGCCUGCGAACAGGCUCACUGGGAGAAAGGUGAGCCUGCACAGAACAUGCGUUUUAUUCAAUCAUCCCCUUUUCGCAUCUGCUAAACGCGAACCAAUCAGCGUCGACUGCGAUAAAUAAACUGUCAACUGUCAAAUUGACGCAAGGCGUGUACAUUAUUGUACACGCCUUGAAUAUUAAAAUGUAUACAUGAUGUUAUGUGAACAAUAAUACAAAGCAUUAGCAGGCCACACAAUAUAUUACUCGGAAAAAUAUAGAAUUCUUCAAAUAUUAAAUAGAUAUCAACACACAUACAAAUAUAAAGCCGAAUAAAAUACUACCAUUGGCAUUGAAUGUACAGUAAUACUUGUACUAUGUGCGACUGAAAGAACAAUGUUCUGAAUAUUUGAAGCUAUUACUAAAAUACGGUCAGAUAGAUUGGGGUUUGGAAUACCAAAUACAUCUAAAAUUUUACUAACUGUGGUCUAAAUAAAUGAUAAAUGAGCAUGUAUUUAUUAAUUUCUUCGAAAUCACGAGUGUGCCAAUAGUGGAAGCCGUAUCGACGACAAAAUUGUCAGCAGUUUAUACAGUUAAUAGUACAACGUUUAAUGUACGAUAUAUAUUUAUCUAAAUGACAUGCCAGCGAGGAUCAACAAUAUAAUUAUUCGUACAUAUUUGGGUAUCUUUUGUAUGCCUUCGCUUGCUGACUUGCUCACUAAUGAGAAUAAUCCGUGAAGCCACGACGACCUCAAAAUGUAGUACUAUAGUCUGAUGUCAAUCAGAAGACGAAGUUCAGAAUACUGUUAUAGUGUUGAAUUUAAGCGAUAGAUUCAAGUAAUUUAUGAUAUACUUUUUUGCUGUGAUGCUUUGCUAUUGCUUUUGGUUUCCAUUUCUAGUGUUAUUUGUUCGAUAGUCUUAUAAUAUAUAAUAUUAAAAUGAAUAAAGUUCAAAUUCUUCAAAAUGCUGUUGUUGACAUUUGCUAUUUUUAGUAAUUUUGUCAACGAGUGUAAGCCAAUCAGAAGCCUGCGUUUCUAUACGAACGCCACUACCAAGAAAACCUAUAGUUCCGUGCAGGCCCUCUAUUCUUCGCGCCGCCCGCAACCCAGGGCCUGUUCGCAGGCUACUUACUGUCAUGAAUCGUGAACCAAUCACCAUGCGUUAUUUACUAAUGAGAGCAAGGCUCCAAGACCAAAAAGUAUGUGUGAUGUAAUUAUCGAAAGGGUGUAUUUGUUUGAAUUUUUAAGAUUAAAAAUAUGUUUUCAUAUUUUGAUUAGGAAUGAUGUUUCCUGGUAUGCCAGCAGGAAUUCCGCAAAAUGCCAACAAUCAACAGGUGAGUAGAUUAUUUUGAAAUGGUUUCUGUUUUAAUUUAUAUACCAUUAACCCAUUAGAUUGCAUUGAACCCCAAUGUGCCUUACUUUAUUUUACUCGUCAAGGGGAGAGCUCUGCUGCUCAAUGGGUUUUUAUAACUAUAAAUGCAUGUUAGAUUAGGUAAGAUAAUAAUAAAAAGGUUAAACUUGAACAAUCGUGCCAGCAUCAGCAGUGAUAAAUAACACCCGACGUUUUGAGCGAUGGCCCUUCGCCCACAAAUCCCUACAUUGUGAGCCUAAAGUAUUUUCAAAAAGUGUUAAUUAAAGUACGGUUUACAUUGUAUUUUCUAGAACUUUUACAGACCUACAAAUCCUCAACAGUUUUAUCCCACAGCUGCUGGUGUUCAAUUUCAUGGCGGCGGCUUUCAAACAAGGCCACCAUUUCCACAAAACAUGACCCCCAUGGCUCAAAAUUUCCCACCACCACCACAACCCCAUCCUACGAGACCCAUGAACCCCGCCGAACUUGAAAGCUUAAAGAAAAAACGAAAUUUUGAGGAACAGCAGAAAAGGUUGAUGGCUUUAAAGCAAAAGGGAGGGGGAGUGUCGAUGAACGAUCUGUUUGGGAAGAAAGGAAACUCAGGCGGGAUGGCAUCUUUAUUGGGGUCAUUCAGUGAUGUAUCAAGAUCAAAAGGCACCAAUUCUUAUCAAGGUAGGAAGUUCUUGCCUGCACAAACAUCGCAUUGGUUAAAAAUGAAAAACUAAAUAAAAUAUAGAAAAAUAAAAAAAUUUUCAAAAAGAAGUAGGAUAUUCAAGGCAUCUCGUUGAUUUUAUAUGAAGUACUCCAACAGUACAAGCUCUCAUUUUUAUACACACAUCUUAUACACGGCAAAAAAUGCUCAGGUUGAUGCAAUACUGAUGAAAACAGGAUUGAACAAUGUUUUGCUGCCCACAUUGUUCAUUGCUGUCAACAAUAUUGAACAAUAUUGUUACACCCGAUUCAGGCUCAACAACAUUGUUCAAUAUUGUUGACAGCUAUGAACAAUGUGGGCGGCAAAACAUUGUUCAGUCCUGUUGAGCAACGGUCUCGGCGUUUUUUGCCGUGUAGGAAGUUGUUAGUUAGGUGCAAAAUGAUCUCAGGGGAGGUGCACACCUCCCCUCAAAAUCCGGCCAUGCCCAAUUCACAACAUUGGAUAACUGACAUGCCUAGUUACUAUUGUUCAAGUUUACAGAAGCAUAGAAUAAAACAAAGGUAACAUAAGCUUUAGAAUUAUCUACAUGAGGGAAUAAUCCCUAAUGCUUCUGCAAACUACAGUAAAACAGUCUAGGCAUGUUACCUAAAAUUCCGAAUUGAGUAUCGACAAUAUAACUGAUGUUAGCUAUAAUUUGUCUAUGGUUGUGAUGAAGAUGUCAUUAUGAUGAUGAUGAUGAUGAUGAUGAACAUGAUGGUGAUAGUCUACAUUACUAUAUGAUUAUAUACAGGGAUGGAUUUACUGGGGUGUGUGUGCACCCCCUAACCCUGGCCAGAGGGGGUGCUAUUUUUCAUGAUAAAGCAAAAAAAUUAUUAGAGACAAAAUGAGAUACUGACAGUAAUUUGAGUAAUAACAUGAUGAUAAGAGAACUGUGAACAACAAUUCAAAUACAGUAGUCAAGCAAGACUUUGCAGUAGUGAAGCAAGCUGAUGGGCGGGCGGCACACAUGACUGACACAACCCGGCACCACAGCCAGCAGAUCACCCCCCCCCCCCUACCAGAUCAUGCUGGAUCCAUCCCUGAUUAUAUAAUAGUUUUGUUUGUGGAAACACCUGCAUGUAAAUUUAUUACUGCAAAUAAUAAAUUAAUAAUAUUAAUAAUAAUAAUAUUACUGCAGUAAUAAAUUUACGUGGUAUUUCCACAAACAAAACUAUUAUGUGUUUUAUCGCCAUGCAAACUUACAAAGAACUUAUUACUGUAUGAUUAUUUUUCACAGGACCACAAGGUUCAAGCAAUCUUUCUGGCCAAACACCACCUAGCUACAAUGUUAACUCUGGUAGCAACAUUCCAGUUCCUGCAGUAAGCAACUUUGCUUCAUCGAACUGGAACAUGCCUGGGUUACCUAACAAUAAUCCUACUGCUGGACAAUCUUCAGGAGAUUUUGAACAGUUCCAAGGAUUUAGUUCAAAAACGAUGCAAGAUGAUUUUGGUGAUUUUCAACAAAGUUCGAGGAUGCAAUUUCCUGCGAUGCCCAGUACAAGACAAUCUGAAGUCCUGAGAAGUAAUCAGGCGGAUGUGUUUAGUGUUGCAUCUCAUGGUGACCAAACUAGACAGCAGGCUGUUGGUCAUGUACCAGUUACUAGCAGUGUGCAGCAACCUGAUGCGGGUGAUUUUCAUCAAAGCUUGAGUACGCAAUUUCCAGCAGUGCCCAGUACACAACAAUCUGAAGUUACUAGCAGUAUAAACGGUAUGUGUAAAUAUACAUAGGCAGGGUGUUAGCCAGAAGUAAAAAAAAAUCUGUGUUUACCUGAAAUUGGGAAAUUUAUUUUAGCCUGAAGCCGGGCAUUUCUUUGUGGGUCUGGGGGCAUGUGGUUGCCCUCUCGAUUUUUAAAAUUUUUGUGUCUUUGAAAAAUGGCAUUUCCCGCAUUUUGGGAGUAAUUUUGAGCAAAUGUAGUUAUAAACAUGUUUUUAAUGGCGUGCUAACAACAUUGAAUUUCUAUAACUAUUUUUUUGCUGACCCAAAUGGGAAAAUUGCGACCGCAAGGUAAUUGGGAAAACCGUGUUUAAUGCGGAAUUUUUGACUGUAGCUAACACCCUGAUAGGUCUUUCAUAUGAGCACUAUGUACAAGUGUAUAAAUAUACACUUGUAUGUAGUACUCAUAUGAAAGACCUAAAUACUGGACAGCUGUAAUCAAUGAAGUUAAUUUUCAAAUUAUUUGAAAGAUGAUUUCUUUCUUCUUUUAGCCCCAGUAACACCAAGUAUUGAAGACUUAAUGAAGAAAUCCCUCACACUGGACAAUCAAUCUCCAAGCUCUGGCAAGAGAUUCGAGAAACCCAAAAUAACAAAAACAAUCAAAGCCCAGCCGAGUCACUUUGCCGAGUCAGUAAAAGCUAGUAAAUUUGAAAACAUAGACUCACUCUCAGAAAUGUUCACUAUCCCGCAAGCUGCUUUAGCACAACCUGUGGAGCGCAGUGUACCAAUAAGCCAUGUGACUGCGAACAGCAGCGAUGAUUGGUCAGAUUUUAGUAGUGCUACAGAAACUGUUUUUCAAGAGCAGAAUCCAUCAACAGGACAUGCCCCUCCAAGUCCAGGACAGAGGCUUUCUUUUUCAUCCAUUCAGAAUCCGUCAUCAGGACAAAGAGACCCAAUGUCCAGUCUAGGGCUUCCAACUUCAGAAUCAACAACAUUCAAUUGGGAAUCCGGGAAUGAGGGUCAUUUUAAUACAUUGCAAGAGCCUAGGGGUGAAAUGGGUACUAUAUUUUCACAAUCUGUUAGUAAAGCACAGACUGGAACUAUGUGGAUACCCCAUGUUCCAAGUGGACCAGAUGGGAUGUUGGUUGGUGUGAAUACACCUGUGUCACAGGGGAACUCUGGACAAGGGAUUCUCAGCAGAAGUGACUUUGGGGAUUUUCAAUCUGACGUUCCAAGGAAUGAUGCCUUGUCUGCAGCUGUCCAAGUUCAAGGUUGGGAACAUUUAGUCACAUGUGAGAACAGUGCUAUUAGUUUGACUCUACCAAGCACUGCAAGUUUACUUCUAGUUGGUACUCCAGUUAAGUUUCCUCCUUUUGUAACACAGAACCAAUAAGGCCCAUAUGGGUAUUACUGUGCCUUUAGUAUAAAGUUAGUUUAGAGUACAGUAGGUUUCCUCCUGUAAUUAUGCUGGAUCAAUAAGGCAAUAAGUUGUUUGGCAUUUACUGGACCUCUGGGGAGAACAGUUUACUGUACAUGUACAAGUGAUAAAGCUAUCCAAAUUAAUAUAAAUAAAAUUAGAUUAUUUAACCCAUUAAGCUGCAGAGCUUCCCCAGUGACAAGUAAAAUCGUAUGGCGUUAGACAAGUAAAAGAAAUAAGUAAGGCGCACUGGGGAGCAUUGCGGCUCAAUAGGUUAAAUUUGAUUAUAGAUAGUUUAUUUUAGGUUUAACUAAGGUUUCUCAUUAUUUUAUUUUAGUUUCUUCUGAGGUUAGCCAAGAAACUCCUGUAGUUGAUCCAGAACAUGCUAUCUAUGGAGUUUCCCUUCCUGACUGGAGUAAAAACACAAACAUGUUGCCUGCUGUCUAUAAACAGAUCCACAAAAUGUGUUCCUCGCCACCUAAUGACACCAUAAGUACUAGCCAAUUAUAUCCCAUCUUGCUGUCAUCUGAUCUACCACGUGAUAAACUGGGCUAUAUAUGGUCAAAGUGCAACAAAGCUGUCCCAGGGGAAUUAAAUGAACAGGAACUGUAUCUUAUUCUUGGUAUGGUUGCUUUGGCUCAGGUAAGAUUUCAUAAGAUUGCAUAAAGAAUUGUCAUAGGUGGCACAGUGGGGAGUAAUGUGUUUUUCAUCUUUCAUUGAUCAAGUUUCAUCACAGUUAUCUAUUAACUGUGGUUUCAUCAAUUUCUAAAAUACUCCACAUGUAUAAUUUAUUCACCUUUUUUGCAUGUGGGAUGAGGCUUGCAGUUUUUAACUGGGGCCCUGCUUGCCCCCCCCCCCCCCUCUGGAUGGCCCUGCAGUUAUCAGAAGGUUACGUGGUUCAAUUCCCAUUAGGGUUUAGAACUUUUCUGAGUAUAGACUUGAUACACAUUCACCCCAAAAUCACAAAUAAAGUUAGUUUAGUUAAAUAGAUAUUUAAUUUGAAGCUUUCGUGUAUUUCACAUUUCCAGGUUGGUUUACAAGUUAAUAAACUUACAUUGGAGAAAUUAGCAUCCUGUGUUACUGCGCCCAUCCCAUCGUUUCCUGAAAGUAUUUUUCCGGUAAGUUGAUGGUGGGAUCCAGUCAGCAGUACCAUGCAGCAGGUGGUGGUCAAGUAAUUCACUAAUAUACUGUAGCCUCUAACCGACAUAAUUCACUAUAAAUAUACUGUAGCCUCUGACCAACAUAAUUCACUAAUAUACUGUAGCCUCUGACCAACAUAAGCCAAUUCAUAGGGUCAACUGCACAUCCAAAUAAUGCACAUCCAUAAAUUGUUAAUGAAAAGCCAGUCUCAUCUGCAUUCUAUGAUCCAACUGCAAUUUUAUCCCGAUGCAGAAUAUGUUAUUUGGAUGCGGACUCUACAUUGUGAAUUCACUGAAACUGCCACACACCAAAUGUUUAAAUCUUCUAUUUGUUACAGAAUGAGGCUAUCCAAACAUCAGAUUCCCCAACAACAACACCCAAUCCUCGACCUGAACAAACAACAAUACUGCCUGCCGAGCCAGACAGUACAGCGGACACUAUCUUCCAUCCUACCCCACAUGUCGAUGCAGUAAAACACCCAGAUUGGUCAAAAUGGAAAACCUCUAAAGCUGGUCAAAUCGAUGAUAAAUUCUCAGAUUUUCAACUUUUGAAACCAAAUGAUACUGGUGUUUCCACUUCAACUUCUCUGCCUAACCUAAAUUGGUCAAGUAAUGCCACAACCUAUUCCCCAAGGCAAAUUGGUUAUUAUUUGUCUCCUUCCUCUGUGUCGUCUGUGACAGGUAGCUCUGAGUCAGCCAAUCAGGAACCACCGAAGACUGCGAAAUCAGAAGAGUUUUCCCUGUUUGGUGUGCUGCAGAGUUCAACUGAAGGUUAGUGGAACAGCUAGUUAUUUGGCUUUGUAAACGAAGAACGUCAAAAUGUUUAUUUUUGGAGUGAAUGAGCUGGGUUUUUGAAAUCAAAAGUAUGGUUGGUGCCAUAAUGCUUAAUGCAAGUGCAUUUCUCCCUUUUUUAAUUUACCUCAAUUGCAUCUACAGUACAAGAGUGCUUCUAGACUGAUUCUACCAAACACCACAGCUGGACAGACAGCUGGGUUUCUCCAUUUUCCCCCUUAAUCAAUAUGCAAUAAUAUGGAAGCGCCUAAAUGGACCUCUAGGGAGAACAAUUUGAAUUUCAGAACUCGAUCGUAAGCUACCCAGCAUAAAUAAAAUUAGUUUAAUUCAAGUUUCCUCCUGUAGUAACACUGAAUCAAUGAGAGAUUACCUUUACUGCAUGGACCUCUAGGAAGAACAGUUUAGAACUGAUAGAGCUAUCCAGUAUAUAUAAAGUAAGUUUAGUUUAGGUUUCCUCGUGUAGUAACACUGGAUCAAUAAGAGAUGAUCCUUAUACUGGACCUCUAGGAAGAACAGUUUAGAACUGACAGAAUUAUCCAGUGUAAAUAAAGUUAGUUUAGUUCCGGUUUCCCCUGUAGUAAUACUGGAUCAAUAAGAGAUGACCCUUGCUGGACCUCUAGGGAGUGUAUCCAGUAUAAAUAAAGUUAGUUUAGUUUAGGUUUCCGCCUGUAGUAACACUGGAUCAAUAAGAGAUGAUCCUUACUGGACCUCUAGGAAGAACAGUUUAGAACUGAUAGAGCUAUCCAGUAUAAAUAAAGUUAGUUUAGUUUAGGUUUCCUCCUGUAGUGACACUGGAUCAAUAAGAGAUGAUCCUUGCUGGACCUCUAGAGUUAACAGUUUAGAACUGAUAGAGCUAUCCAGUAUAAAUAAUGUUACAGUAGUUUAGUUCAGGUUUCCUCUUGUAUAGUUAUGCUGGACUGAUAAGGAAUGGCUGGUAUGGACCUAGAGCGAGAAAAGUUUAGAGCAAGUUAAAAUUUUUUUUCUUUAUUUUUCUAUAGAUCCACAAUCGUUGGCCGCAGUUGAAAUGAACAAAAGUGAUAUAUUUGGAGAGAUGACAGGUGCUAGUGAGCCAAGGCAACAGUUUGGUUCAUUUGAGAAUAAAGCUGUGCACAGUUCUGCUCAUGUGAUGUCGGUUCCUCUACAAGCUUCACAGCGCUAUACUCUGACAGGGGAGGACGAGGUAUGAUAUUAAGGAGCUUAAAACCAAGCCACACUUUUGUCAACAUAGACCUCAGAUUGCCGAGGGGGGACUGGAUUGAAAACUGUGUUUGUGUUGGUUUGUAGUAAUCUUCAACACAUAUGAAAAAACAUAACAUUUUAAACGUUUUUUAUGUUUUAAUUAUGUUGAAAGGGCUGUGAAGCAUGUAGUAGGGGUUGAGUAGGACAGGAGAAGCAGCUAGGGCUUAGGGGGAGUUGAAGAUGAAAGAAAGAGAGCAAGGAAAAAGGGGAGGGUAAAAUCUCCCCCCCCCCCUCGCCGAGGCUAUUCAUUGACUAAGUCUAUCAGUUUUAAACUCUUUUUUUCUCUGGAGGUUCAGCAUUAAGGUCAUCCCUUGAUAAAAGGCACAUACAUAAAUUCCUGUGAUACCAACACACAUUAUUUGUCAAAAGUUAUUCUUACAUCAUUCAAUGUUUUCUUACCUACAUAGAGCGUUGACCAUCACGAGAGAGCUUGGUUGAAAUGUCUCACAAGUUGUUUCAACGUGAUCAUGAAAUCUUGCCAGACUUUGCAAAAUAUUUCUGAUCCAAAUCUGAUGAACGAAAUAUUCUCUUCUCAACAUGGAAUAUCGCAUUUCUCAGGUAAAAAAUAUUGUGCUUGUGAUGUUACUCUGAGUGUGCAUCCACACCGGGCAAGCUUGAAAAAAUAUGCCUGUCCAUGGUGGGAAUCGAACCUACGACCUUUGGAACACUAGCCCAAUGCUCUGCCAACUGAGCUACGCGGUCAAAACUAGAACUAACACUAUCACAUACUCGAACUGACCUGACCACGUAGCUCAGUUGGCAGAGCAUUGGGCUAGUAUUCCAAAGGUUGUAGGUUCGAUUCCCACCGUGGUCUGGCAUAUUUUUCAAGUCUGCCCGGUGUGGAUACACACUCAGCGUAACAUCACACAAACAUCUUAUUCACCUGAGUACACCACACCAACACAACAAAUAUCAUGAUUAUUAGAUUACACUGAUAUCGAAGGAACUAGACUCAGUUCCGAAAUAUCGCAUCUCGAACCGACCUGACCACGUACAGGUAGCUCAGUUGGCAGAGCAUUGAGCUAGUAUUCCAAAGGUCGUAGGUUCGAUUCCCACCAUGGACAGGCAUAUUUUUCAAGCUUGCCCGGUGUGGAUAUACACUCAGAGUAACAUCACAAACAUCAUAUGCACCUGAGUACAAAACACCAAUACAGAAAAAAUAAAACAAUAUUGAUCACUUUGUUUUCCAGCCAACACUGCAUGCAUAUACCUGCUUUGGUACGCAUGGUUAGGCGUUCCCCAUAAUGGCAGACGUUUUUUGUCCUGCUUUUUAUUUUGCUCUGUCUCAUGCCAAAGGUUUGCCACUAAUUGUUUACCCAUUGAUUGCCAGCCAUCUUCCCUUGAAGAGUGAAAUCAUCUUGCAUUAAACAGAGUAAAAUAAUACAGUAAGGCGCCUCAGUGCACAAUGCAACAUAAAUGGUUAAUUAGCUUUUCUCACGAUGACGAAUAUCCGCCAUUUUUGGGUGGCAUCAAAUUUUAAUUAUCCAAUGCAGACAAUUAAAACAAUGUGAAAAGCAAUUUUUCAAAAUAAACUAACCAUUUACAAAGCAAAUUUACCAUCAUUCGUCCAAAAAAAUAUAAAACGUCGCUGUUAUGUGGACUUAUCGCACAGACUUCAGCUGAAAUGCCACCCAAAAAUGGCGGCGUGAGAAAUGCUAAUUAAUUUACAUUACAUACAGUAUACUGCAGUUCCAAUUGACUAAUUUGUUUUCCAUCUCUUUCAUCCAGCAAUUAUUGAAGUUUAUUGUGUAUCGCAGAGGGUAAAGGCGUCAGUACUGAAAUCAGGUAUGCUUCCAUUUCGCUCGUUCUCCAGAACACAAUCAACAUGCAGUCAUACCCCAGACCAUAACCAAUAUGCAAUGCAGAUCACCCUACACAGAUCGAAAUACAUUAGUAGCUUAUUUCAACUGAAGUCAUCAGUGAAUAGCCAAGUCACCAGAAGUUCUGCAGAUAAUGAUUUGUGGGUACCAAGGAGUAAAUUGACAAUCAGACACUACCAUAGGCACUGCCAUAUACAGUGGUAGAUAAGAAACUCUUCUUCGGUAGCAUCAUUCAAAAUAAGUACUAUUUAAAACACGAGUAGGAGUGUUCUAUAUGGCAUUGAGCACUGUUUGUGUUUCGUAAACCAAAAACUUAAGCUAUAUUAUAAUUUUAUAUAUAUAUUAGCUAUGCUAAACUGUUUUUAGUGUGAAGUUUCACUUCACACUAUUGUGAUGGCUGGCGAAUUCACACGAAUCAGUCAAACAGUCAGUCAGUCAUAGAGUAAACUUUCCGGGGGGUGUAUACGAUUUAUGUUCGUAGUGAUUUAUUGUACUUAGUCAGUACUUUGAAGGUUAUUUAGGCAAUUUCUGUUAACUUAUUUACAUAUUCUGUUAUCCUUUUGCCAAGUUCAUAAAAUUUCGAGGAAUCGCUUUCGUUAUUGUAAUUUUUUGUAAAUUUUAGAACAUUCGCUUCUCAUGUUGUGUAAAGGAUCUUUACCCCGGAACACCCGAUUAUUUUUUUUAGUAGCGCAAAUGCGCAUGCGCUAUCAAGCCGUAGAUCACGAUGGCGUGACGAUAUGCUAGGAAGGGGUGACAGUGUUGUUUUCAAAUGUAUAAAGAUUUCAGACGUGAAUAUUGAAUAAAUCUUUGAAAAUCUACGCAAUAUAUAAAUUGAUCUUAUGCAUUACGGGCGUUCAAUUAAGUGCCGAUAAUAUUUAGACGGUAUAUUCAUUAUACAGAGCUAGGAAGGAGCUAGACCGCCUAGACAGUGCAGUCAAGUGUGUAAACAUUUCAGACGUAAAUAUUGAGUCGAAUAUCUUGAUUCUAGGCAUUCAUUUGAGUGCCGAUAUUAUUUUCACGGUAUUCUCAUUAUACAGAGGUACAGUAUGUAGGCAGAAGCGAGACAGUGUUGUUUUCAAGUAUAUAAAGAUUUCAGACGUGAAUAUUGAGUAAAUCUUUGAAAAUCUACACAAUAUAUAAAUUGAUCUUAUGCAUUACGGGCGUUCAAUUUAAUAAGUGCCGAUAAUAUUUAGACGGUAUAUUCAUUAUACAGAGCUAGGUCGCUAGGAAGGAGCUAGACCGCCUAGACAGUGCAGUUAAGUGUAUAAACAUUUCAGACGUAAAUAUUGAGUCCAAAAUCUUGCUUCUAGGCAUUCAAUUGAGUGCCGAUAUUAUUUUUUCACGGCAUACUCAUUAUACAGAGGUACAGUACGUGCAGGCAGAAGCGAGACAGUGUUGUUUUCAAGUAUAUAAACAUUUCAGACAUGAAUAUUGAGAAAAUCUUUGAGAUUCUACGCAAUAAGUAAUACAAUAUAUAAAUUGAUAUGCAUUUACCGUCGAUAUUAUUUAGACCGUGUAUUCAUUAUACAUUCUCAUUGACUGUAUAAGGUGCUACAUCACAGAAUAGAUGGCUAUAUUCAGUACAAAGAGCGAAAAAUUGCAUCAGAUUUGUAUCAGAUCAAUAAAGCAUAAACAACUAUUAAACAGAAGCGGGUAAACGUUUGUACGGCGUUUACGAAGAAAAAAACUUACGAGACUAAAGGAAUCAGUUGAGUCAGAGCUCCUUGUAUAAAUAAGAAAGACAAGGAGAUAGCCAACUUGUUUAUGUGUUAUCGCCAACGUGUUAUCGCUAAUCGCUUAAUUGGCUCGCCAACAAGCUUUAUGCAAUAGAAGAAAAAAGCAAGGAGGUACAUGUAGCCAACGUGUACAUUCACGGCCUUGUCUUUGUUUACUGUCUAGUGUCUAGCACAACACCAUUGUCAACGGUGCAAACUCGUAUUCAGUGCAACGAUAACUCUACCAGAUCUUACGAGAAUCAAUCUGUAGUAUUCUGUACACAGAACUGUAUCAAAGCUUGUCAAAAAUGUUUUAAACACUGCUAUAACUGUGAAACUAUUGAAAUCUAAAGUGAUAUUUAUAUUCAACACAUGCGAAAAGCUGAAAAUAGACACACGUCACACUGGGAAAAGUCAAAGGUCAAUGAAACUUGUUAUUGUGAAACAUGUCACAAUUAAGUUAAAAUGCGGAAGCGGAUGGAGCGGAUCCACGGAACGGAUAUGCGGAUAAAAUACGGAACGGAUGAGGAUAAAAUGCGUCUUUUAAUGAUGUAACGACGUAGUGCUUAUUAUUCAUAACAUAUCUUAUACAGCUAUUUCAAUUAUAGUUUAUUAGAUAAAUUUAGCAUAGCAGUAGCCUCGUGGGGAUGCUUUCAGCGACAGCUGCAAAUGCAAAUGAAAAUUUAGAAUAUGCAAAAUUUGGUUGUUGGUGACACAAUAAAUAGAUGAAUUGCAUCAGUUUCACAAGGCACGUUUCUGAUGUGUUAGGCUUGUUUCAAACGUCACGCUACUCGUAUGCCGAGCGUAUUAAAAGCAAUAAAUAAUGAGAUGAAAUGCCUUUGGUAACUGUUUAUUUCGUAGUGUAAGCCAUCAAGCUUUUCUAGGUUGUCGGCGACCCUAUAUAGUUCUUGCAGUGUCUUUUUAAAUUUGAAACUUCACACUAUCCUUGGAUCCCUAGUUUGUAAUACCUUCUUUAAAUAAAGUCUAUUAUUAUUAUCUGAGUGGAUCCAUCUUUACCGUUUUCUACAUAACAUGUUUUCUUCUCUUACAGCACAUAAUAACAAGAAACUAAAAGAGAGUUUACAAAAUAUUGAUAACAUCUGGAAGACAUAUACCAGCUUCGAGCCUUUCAAGAAGUUGUUGGUAAGUAUCGAUUUAAAACGUGUUAUGAAAAGUUGGAAAAUUGUUGCCCCUGUGGCCUCCUGAUUCUGCCUUCCCACUUUGUUGACCCUAAUCCCUAUCCUUGUCUGUGGUUCCCCCUACAUGCAUUUGACCUUUUUUGACAUAUUUUUACCUGUCGAAAGAAAUUGUUUUGAUGAAAGAAAUGGACUUGACAAUUUUCAGCAAGUCUGCAGUAGUUUGGGACAGUAUUUGAUUUUUUUAGAAUCUGAACCUGUCACUAAUUAAAUUUCACUGUUUGCUUGCAGCCCGUGGAAAAUUUCAACUUUUCUAGUUGCCAUGGCAACGACGGUGAUGACGUCAACCUGUCGUGCGGUGUAUGUUUGCUAAACGUGGAUAAAUCUUGCAUGAAUUCUAGACAGAAAAGCCAUCGUGCCAAGUUAAACUAUGGCAAUAGACAAUAUCAUACAACUUGUGCGAACUUUUGGUGCAAUAAAGUAGACUCUGUAUUGCCUUCUUUACAGCUCAGUAACAGUUUAAUAUGAAAACGCACCUGCUGAAGAACGAAAAUUGUACUCGUGAAAUUCAUGAUUUGUUUGCGAGGUUUGCAGUCAAAUAUUACCAGGUAAUUGUUUUUUCGUUUCUCAAUCAAUUACAGUAUGAUAUGAUCAUUUUUUGUGCGU